GUUUCGGAAGGAACAAGUUGGAAACAACGGUGGGUAAAUAUUCUAACAAUGGCGGCGACGUGCGAGGUGAGAGACCCCGACACCGAGGGGUCCGGGGAACAAGACCUCACUCCUCGGGGGGACCUGCCCUCCUCCCCCGAAGAAAAUCCUGGCAAAACUCGUGGUCGGAAACGUCGGCGUCGGAAGGCAAGGCUCACCGGGUUGAGUCAGCAAAGGCAGGCGGCGAACGCAAGGGAGAGGUACCGAACAAAAUCCGUCCAAGACGCGCUGCAGCAGCUCUCCUGUUGUAUACCGACUCCGGUACCAACCCCAGCAACUAAACUCUCCAAAAUAGAAAUAUUGCGGCUCGCGUCGCAGUAUAUCGAGCACCUGACUAACGUACUGAACGAGAACGAUCCCUCGGGCCCUGGUGCGUCCAGGGCCCGCCCAGAGGACGACACGGGUGCGGUGAAGACCAAAGGUUCGUCGCGGGCGAGAAGGUCUCGGUCAAGACAAACCAAAGAGGACGAGACCGUCGUCUAUUUGACAAGACGGAGAAUGAAAGACUUGCUGCCCGAAGACAAAGGACCGACUGAAUCGGCAGAGAAGAACGUUGACCCAACCCAUCUUCAAGACAAGCGUCAGAAGGAGAACCCUGAAUCGUCAUCUGACAAUUCGAACGACGAAGGACUUGGAGCAACUCAAAACAGAGAUGUCGAACAAAUCACAGUACAGAAUUCAGGAAACCACGCAAUAGGUUCUGACUCUGAAUCGAGGCACUGCAAAGGAUCUGACAUGAAACACAUGCAAACCGGAAGCAAAGAAACCGGAAACGGAAAUUCCGGUAGACCAUACAAUGUUUGUGAACUUGACGUCAAGCUACCUGGAGUUGAAAGUAGAUGUGUAGUCAGCGAAACGUGUGCACAAGUUUCGUCUACGAAGUACACUGUUCGCGGGCCACAAUGUUACAGCUUUCGCGAAACGACCGGAAACGGAGGUACCGGUUCCGAUGAGAAACUCUACCAUCUACCUUACGUCUUUUGUAACGGAAACGGAGUUUCCGGAUUACCGGAGAGCAGGAAUGAAACUCUGAACGGAUUCGGCGUUUCUCAUCAGAACACAAACGGAACUCGUAGCUUUGCGAGCUGCCAAAUGACGGAUUUCGCCACUAGAAGAGGAACAUCCGGAUUUUCUGAUUAUUCCGGAUUUCACUGUACCUUGAUGCCAAGAUCCGCGCAGUAUGAACAGAAUUUCUCAUUCGAAAGCGACGGUUCCAAUCUUUCAAUUAGUCGAUGAUGUUAAAAUAGAAAGUGAAAAGGAACAAGAAAAAUAGCUGAUUUCACCUUCUAUGCUUUAGUCUAGACAAGGCAUUUAGGACAUUUCAGAAGGAAUGAAUUCUUAAGCGUUGAAUUCUUCCGGAUCGUUUCUUUUCGAGUGUUAUCACAAAUAAGCAUUUCGGUGACUUGGUUGUGCUUUAAAAAGUCCCCAAUUUCAAACAUUUGUGACGAAAACAGAAAUGUUCUGUAACAGUUGUGAGAAGAAUAAACGGUUGAUAAUUGA